AUGCUAAGAUAUCGCAGCAUCAGGAAACUGACUCUACUUGACUCAGGAGAAUUGCCAUUCUUCCAACCACAAAGUGUAGAGGUUAGGGAUAAAACCUGGAGGGUGGCACCUGUACCUUCCAGGUUGCAGUGCAGAGUGGUUGAUGUUGGAGACAUCUCCCCUGCUGAUACAGAAAUGUUCAUGAAGGCUUUAAAUUCACCAGCUUGUGGCAUUCAGGUAAACUGCUGAGUGAUUUGCCUCAAUCUAUUUAAUCCUUUCUCUCCCAGGUCUUAUUAGUAAUUCUCUUCACUGUCUGCCACACAAUUCUUAUGAUGUCAGUUCUCAGAAUUUGGUACAAGAUAAAGUGGUAAUCCCCAAUCUCUAAUCUCAUCUCUUUUGUUCUUGAUAACACAUUGUGCUGAUGAUGUAAGGAGAAAUUUUGUCUUGUUCAUUCAUGGAAGUUAAAGGGUUAACAAAUGAUGAAAGUAGGGAAACUUGAUGAGGAGUGAAGAAAAAGAUUUUAUAGAGAGGCUAAAAAAUUAUAAUGGAUGGGAAAAGAAGGAAAAUGUGGAGAAAGAAAAUGAAUGAAGAAGGAGAAAAGGAGGAAUAAAGGGGAUAAAGAACAGAUGGGGGAAAAAUAAAUGAAGAAGGAUAAGGAAAGAAAUGGAAGAAUGACAAGGAAGUGUGAAGUACUGAGACAGAAGAAGGUUGGAUUCAAAUUAAAUCUCCAGUGGAAGGGAAAAUAUGACGAUACAUGAAGUAAAUUUUUAAGAAUGGGGCAAGCUUCCAACAUUAUAUUUGAUAAAUGCAUGAAUGAGUAGGUAUUACUGCUAAAUGAAGGGAACCCUGAAACCACUGCUCUCUUUGAACAGAUAACUUAUUAGUCUUUUUAUUUCUUGUAGACUGAUCUUGAUGAUGGCCAUUGUCCUUCUUGGUCAAAUCAGUUAAGAGGCCUUUAUAACAUCUACCAGUUUGUACGUGGUAACCUUAGGGGUUAGUUCUUACCAGUAGCUAAUGUGCUUUAUAAUGCUUAUGUUUCAACUGUCUCUAAUAUUUUUUAUUUCUGUGUGAUGUAUGUCAGAAGUCUCAGUUAUCCAAUAUAAUUGUUUUUAAAUGAAGUGGUUAGUGAUAUUAUCAGUUUCUACAUAUGGGAUUUAGAUGAUUUUACCCUUUGGUUGUGAAAUUAUUGAAAUUUUUAAACAGGUGUUCCAGUGAUGUCUGAUGCUCCUGUUAUCAUGUUUCGACCAAGAGCAUGGAACAUGUUUGAAUUUAAUAUGAUGGUAAGGACUACUGCCAUGUGUACAAUUUAAUAAUGUGUGUGCUCUGAGGCUCUGAGUCAAUCAUAAGAUGGUGAAGAUAGCAACCUCUGGAGAAAAUUGAUUUUGGAUUGCAUUCCAACUCCUUGUCAAAUUUGUUCUUUGACUUCCUUAUUUUAGUCUCUUGUUGCUAAUUGUAGUUGCUUAAAUGGAUGUGCAUAAUCCAAAAUCUUGAAAAAGGACAAAUUUUUAUGAUGCUUUGGAAACAAAAACAGAAAAAACAUCUGAAUUCACUUUAGCUGGGAGAUUUAACCAGCUGCCAAGGACUACUAUUUACUGGCUUUGCUUUGUAUCAGGGAAUGUGGGGAAAAAACACUGUUUAUGGGUUACCUUGAACAGUCUUUAUGUCCUAACAUCAGUAUGCAAGUUCUCCCUACUGUUCUCUAUACAUUUCCUAUGGUACUCAUAAUGAGGAUUUGUCUAACCAAGAAUUUCUCAAGUUUGGAUCAUUUCCUGUUUUCUUGUGACCUAAAUGUGUGACUCAAGUGUGAUACUGUUGGGAGAAACUACUUGCUUAUCACUCUUAGGGGUUGAAAGGCUGAAAGACUUCUGCUUCAAGGAAAACAUUCCAUCCUUGUGCCCCUCUACUAUUUUGAGUUCCACUUUUUAAUGCAAGGUGUGUUGGAGUGUAUUCACUCAAUUUGGGAAUGAAAAACAAUAAUAAAUAGUUACUAUUAAUUAUUCUUUGUAGGUUGGAGGAAAGGUGGUGCCAGGUCCAUUGUUUGAUUUUGGUCUUCACAUGUUCCACAACAGCAAACUUAUGAUCAAAGACGGGAACGGUCCUUUCUUUUACUUACCAAAGGUGAUCUGCCGUGUCUUUGUGAUUGGGAACCCACUCUGUAAUGAGCACCUUCCCCUGUAAUACUUGGUGAACCUGUGUUUCAAUACAUCUAAUAAGCACCUCCUUCCGCACCCCCCCCCCCCUCGUUGUUUUCAUUAAAAAGUAUUGAUACAGGAUAAAACUGCUUUUGUUGUCACUGUUAUUUUCAUUUUAUAAUGGCAUUGUGACGUGUAAGAGAGUAGUUUCGUUUUUGUCAAGUCAUCCCCAGUAUCUUUCAUGGACUAUAGCGUCAAUUUAUGGUCAUAUAGACGGACGCUAAAUAAUAAUACAGUUACAGUUUGCUGAUGAAAGAGUAAAAGGAUUCGAUCAACGUUUCAACAUCCUGGGUGCCAUCCAGUUCAGCACAUGAAAUGAUUCAUUUUUUAAGUCAACAAGUGCCCUUCUCGAAAAUAUCCCCAUGCCCUUCCUUUAGUGAUAGAUUGUGCAAGUAGUUGUUUAGUUUUUGCUCACUGCCCAUUAACUAGUCUGCUCUAGACGUUCGGGUGGUAAAGCGGAGUAAAAUACUGAAUGGCGCGAUCGUAGCAGCGGAGUGAGAAACCAAGAGAAGUUUGAGACCGGUCGUGACCCGAUCCAAACCUCUCCUCCUUUUUCCUGCUCUACUAUUGCGCACUACACUAUUGCGCUUCGUUUUGCGAACUGAACGCCUGGAACAGGCUACCCAGCCAACACACUUGUGAAUCAAUGGGUACUUACCAGCACCAAGCUUUCAGAGUACUUACAGCCUUACCAGGUUUCUUGGAAUUGAAAAAAGCCUUUCACUCGCUUCUCUGUAAGAAACUGGGGAAAGUAUAGCUGCUGAACAAGUUAGCCGCUCGGCUCAACAUUAUAUUUCUGACUUUUUAAUUUUAGCUUGAAGGAUCCAAUGAAGUGAAGUUGUGGAAUGACAUCUUUGUUUGGACUCAACAAAGGGUAAGUCGUGAAAAACUAGAGGCAUAUCGUAAUCUCCGUGUAGUUGGUCGCUCGUAAAGGGAAUGUCUAGGCAUUAUUUUCAAACACUGUUUCAGACCAGUUUCACGAGAAAAUUUGCGUAUGAGGUUUUCCAUUUGAAAGGCCUGUGAAAAGUAUAUGAAUUAGAAGCAUAUGAAAAUUAUUAUCCCUUCCAUACACUGUUUUUACAUGCUAUUCAACUCGUUUUUCAAGCCUAAUUGUGGCAACUCGGCCAGACGCAUGCGCGUAAGAGCCUUAACGGAGAUUUGUGACUAAACACGAACGACCCCCAAUUUACAUGGCCUCUUGGGGGAGGGCUUGAGUUAACAAACACACUAACAAACAAAAGAGGACAGAGGAAAAUGAAAUACGUACCCAGGGAAUGUCGUUUAUAAUGCUCUAUAUUCAGUUACAUGCACUCUGUACCAAGCAGUACCAUUUGAUAUGCCAAUUUUUGUUAAUUCGAUGACCAAACAUCGAGCUCAAAAUUUACUCCUUUGUUACAUGGAACUCUUUCAACAUUAGUGAUAGUAGGAGUAACUGUAUACAAGAUGCUUUUGAGGUCAUUUGAGAUAAGAAUAUAAAUGAUCUAACUCAACAGCGCGGUCCCAAGCUCAGAUGAUGGUGCAUGCGAUUUCGAAAUCGGAGUUAGUGUGUUUGAAUCCUUUCGUUUCCAGUUGUUUACCGCUCGUUAGAAAGUUUAAAAAUCAUGUUUUAAAAAAGCCAACGUGUUUCUGUCUUUAUGUGUUCGUUUGUUUGUUCUUCUGAUCAUCAGCUCGGAUUACCGCAAGGAUCUAUCAAGGCCAGUGUUCUGAUAGAGAGUAUCUUUUGUUCAUUUGAACUUGAUCAAAUCCUGUUUGAGCUGCGGCAUCACUCCGCUGGUCUGAACUGUGGCAUGUGGGAUUACUCCGCUUCUUUAAUUAGCAACUUUGGUAAGUGAAAAAGUAGUAGCUAAUGUCCUUUUUUACCUUUUCACCUUGACAUCAGUAUGCUUAUUCUCCAUACUGUUCUCUAUACAUUUCCUAAGGUACUGACAAGGAGAAUUUGUUUAACAAUCGAGAGUUUCUUUAGUUGGUGAUCAUUUCCUUUGUUCUUGUGACCCUCGUGUUCGAUUUAGGGGUGAUAUUGUAAGGAGAAAUUAGACGCUAGUCACUGUUAGCGGUUACUAACCGCGACUCAACCACUCAACUCUUUUAGUCCAUUUUAAAGUAUCUCAUUUACCAUGUUUACAAUCAGUGUUAGAAUUUUCCCUCCUUAACCAUUAAGUCGUUUUAUGCUGUUGGACGGACAAUUAAAUUUUGGUUUAGCUAUUUCUACGCUAUGUUAUAGUAACAGGCACUUGUUUGUGAUAGCUGGGUAAAACAUUGUCGUUUCAGGACACAGGGCCGAUUUCAUUUUGCCCGAUCGUAAGAAGUACGUAUCUAUGGACAAGCAGUACCUUAAAAGUUACAUGCAGCUGGUUAUUAAGGUACAUUACAUUGCAAUAAAUGCCUUGAAUUUGGUAGUAAUAACGGUCCGUCCAUUGAUUGAAAAACCAAUACCAUAUGCUUUGUAUGCGCACGUGCGUAUUUUCCUACUCACGUGUGGUACGCGUAGUACAGGAUACGCGGUGCAAUAAUGAGGAAUCACUUUAAAAAGAAUUGUGAUUCCUUUUCCUGUUGUCCAGACAUGUCACGCACGAGGGUGUCACGCAACAGGGGGAAUGGCGCCAGUUGUAUUACCGAAAGAUAAUCCGCAUCUUCGACAGCAAAUCACUGAUAAAGUCUGCAGGUAAGAAUAGAAAUUGAAAACAGAUCCUUAGCUCUUUACAUUUGUUUACGUAAUGGUUCAUGUCUAAAGUUCUCUCCAGAGAAAUUCGGUCUAACUUUGUCUUGACGUUUUUUUGUUUAGAGCAAAACUGAACGAAAUCAAAGCAGGAGCGGAUGGAUUUUUAGUGUUUGAUCCUGAUCUUGUGAAGCCUUUGAUUCAGGUUAGUAAUUUAGUGUGCAAUUAAGUCACGUCGACUUUUAUUGUUAUUUUUUGUUGAGAAGAAGUUUUAAAUUUUUUUUAAAGAAACCAUUUAAGUGAGCUUGGCGGAUGAGUAAGAACAAGGGGAUAUGCCAAUUAACUUUGUUUCUUGUCAACCAAUGUUAUUUUCAGAUGUGGAAGACAGAGGUAAAUUCCAUGAACCAGCUUCAUGUAAGACGAUCUGAGCUGAUGGUCUCUAGAAACGACCUUCUACAACUACCAAGGGUGAGGAUACUGCUUGAACGCGAUAAUUUAUGAAGGUGCUCGAAGUUUUCAUUUUAACUUAUAGCUUUGUACAUUUUAAGGGUGGAUUCACCUUACAAGGAUUACAGGAUAACAUUACUGUCGGAAUCCUGUUCAUAGAUGCUUGGUUAAGAGGUAUGAGUCUGGUCGUUGCAUAUCAGAAUAUUUUAGGCAAUUGAAUGCAAGGCAAAGCAAACUUCAGCUGAAAGAUGGCUGCAGAAUAUUAGUUUGGUAAAGUAGAAAAACAUAACGGAAUCUGUGAUAAAUCAAAAGGGAGCGUGGAUUGAUGAGGGUUGAGGAGAUGGAAGCGGAUUACAAUUCUUUUGUAGCAGCGUAACCCGUUAAACCCUAAUAUGGAUAUCCAUAUUCUCCAUACUGUGCUCUACAAAAUUUCUAUGGUGCGAACGCGGAGAAUUUGUUCACCUAUCAAGAGCUCUAGUUGGCGAUCAUUACUUUUAUUCUCGCGACUUUAAUAUUUGAUUCCGCAGGGAUACUGUAAGGAGAAAUUAGAUGCCAAUCACUCUCGUAGGGGUCAAAGGGUUUAAAAACAGAUUUUGAGAUAAGUUGUAAGGCUUAUUGCCUAUUCAGUAUAAUGGCCCUCACUCCGGAUUAGAGUGCUUUAAUGCUAAUUAUCAUUGUUAUUAAAUAUCAGUUAAUCAAUGUUAUCAGUUAUCAAUCUCAAUUAUCAAUGUCCAUUGCUCUGUCUUGCAGCACGCACGCUCGUUUGCCUUAACUUUUGUAUGUUGUUCAUUUAUUCGUACCCAGGCCAGGGUGUGUUUGUGCUCAAUGGAGCUGUAGAAGACUCGGCCACUGCCGAAAUUUCAAGGUCACAGGUAAGGUGGACACUGUUUUAGACACUACAUACACAAGGGGAUGAUACACUUAAACUUGUCUGAAACAUGAUCAUGACGAAUUUCUUAGCAUAUACCUCCUCCGUGGUACUUUCAGAUUUGGCAGGCAAUUCGCCAUCGGUGCAAGCUGGAAGGAGAUGGCCUCAUAGUGACUAAAGCCCUCGUUUGUGGUGAAAUUAAACGUAUCGCAGACGAGCUUGUCAGCCAGAAAGCUUACAACUCUGUUGAUACAGAAAGACUUACGAUGUCUGCUAAGAUAUUAGAGGAGCUCGUACUGAAGCGAGACUUCCCUCAGUUUAUAACCACAUACCUUUAUGAACAUCAAGCGUUUAGGAACAGCGUGCAAUCAUAAGCAGUGAAUUAAAGGCAACUAAGACUGAAAAACGGCUCAUUUCUUACGGUGGGCUGCAACGGUGCUGGUAAUCAAGAUGAAAGGCCCAGAUCCGGUUGUUGGAAAGGCGGUGACUGGAAAAAAAAUAAUAAAACAAAAGAAAAAUCCCUGGGAAUCGAGAGAAUGGGGGCCGAAACUCUCCCUUCCCUUGGUUUCAAACAGAACGGAAGUGAGUUAUCAAGCAGUGAGUUUUAAGCCCCACGCCAGCUUCCAACAUCGGCACAUGCUUUUUAUUCUCCCCUUUAAGAUUUUAACUCUGCCGUGC